AUGUUAUCGGGUGGGCAGCAAAAGUUUUAUUACUACUAUUUCAUAGUGCACAUUUUCACCACGGUAGUGGUGGACUCGAUCGUUGUAGUCCCUGACAGCUUCCAUUUUUCAAAAAGCCUUGUUGACUACCACAUUAAGCUCAAUAACGAUUUCUUGCUCUACGACAAACCAACCUGGCUCUGGUGGUUUGUGUUGGUUGAAUGUGUCGGGCAACUGCCAGCAUUUUUUUGGUUUGUUUAUAAGUUCAGACAGUUCUGGGCUCUGAAGAGGACUGCUUACCAGGAAAAGAUGAAAAAAGCUGAAUUGACCAACUGCCAAAGAACUUUGGUUCGUGGGUUGAAAAUUUAUGGUUGGAAUGCUGCCUUGACAACCUGCUUUUGUUUGUAUAAAAUUUGGACCGAUGGCCACUACCCCGGUGACAACUAUUUGCCGCUGGAAACUUCGGACAAGCUCAAACUUAUGGCGGUAUAUGCUCCUUAUUUGAUGAUACCGCUACGACUCUGUUUCAUUUGA